ACUUCAAAAUGUAUCAAUUGACCAUUUCGGCACAUUUGGGCAGACUUGAUACAAAAUAUUGUCCAGUAUUGAAAUGCUUCACUGGAUCAAUCUGAAACAUUGCACAUACAUAUAUGUAUAUAUUGCACAUAUAAAUUGCGCCCAAACUGCAAUAAUACAUUCAGGCAGGCCUUUCUCUUGCAUUUCAAAGAUGAUGGAACAAAAGAAAACAGAGCAACACAUGUUUUUCAAAGUGUUUGCUUUCAAAUGGUAUCAAGAAUAUACAUAUCAUUGCUUCAGGUCCUGAGCUACAGGCAGUUAGAUUUGGUUAUGUCAUUUUAGACUAAAAAUGGGGAAAAAAAAGGGUCUGAUCUUUAAGAGGUUUUAAUUAAAGGGUCUGGAUACUAAUGUAAAUGUGACAUUUCAGUUUAUUUUUAAUACAUUUUCAAAAAUGUCUAAAAACCUGUUUUCGCUUUGUCAUUAUGGGGUAUUGUGUGUAGAUUGAUGAUGGAUUUUUUUGUUAAAAAACACUUGGGUGUUGUGAGAACAUUUCCGGGAAAAGAGGUGAGUCAACAAGGUCUUUCACCUUCAACAAGAGAUGUUUAUAUUGUACUUCAGAUAGAGAUCAGCUGUGACUUACAUUUGUGUGACUUGUCUGUCUGUCAUCUUCAGCUGAAAGAAGGUGAGUCAGUCAGUGUGGAUGUCUGUCAGAGAUAUUGGCCUGGGCUGGGAGGGGGCUGGGUUAAACAUGAGAUUAGAAGGAAGCAACAGGUGUGUUUUUACUGGAGAUACUGACAGGUCACUGUGUCAGUCUGCUAGAGGAGCUUACAGAGUGAGAGACAAAAGAGAGAGUGAGCGGAAGGGAGAGAGAGAGAGAGAGAGAGAGAGAGAGAGAGAGAGAGAGAGAGAGAGAGAGAGAGAGACAGACACAGCCGGGGAGAGACCAGGAGUGUGUGAGAGAAACUGCAAAGGAGAGGCACCGAAAUUGAGAAUUGGACAGUACCACCAGAGAGACGUGAUGGAACCCAUUGGUGAUGUUCUCCACCUGUUAGUCAUCCUGUCCUUGUUGGAGACAUGCAAUGCCAAAGUGGGAGACUUCAAAGCAGCAGGAGCUACAGCACCAGGAGAUAUCAUCAUUGGAGGGCUGUUUGCCAUCCAUGAGGGAGUAGAGGAAUCCGCCAACCUCUCAGCACCCCAUGCAUCACAGUGUGCCAGGUUCAACAUGGACGGGUUCACCCAGGCAUUGGCUAUGAUCCACGCUGUAGAGUCGGCCAACAGAUCCCCUGUCCUGACUGCACUAGGGAUCUCUCUGGGGUACCGUAUCCAUGACUCCUGCUCUGAUGUCACCACCGCUCUGAGGGCCUCAGCUGACUUCACACAGGAGCCCACCACGGACUGUGGGGGAGGGGCCAACACCUCUAACUCUUCUCCGCCGAUCAUGGCCGUCAUUGGGGCCUCUUCCUCUGAGAUUUCCAUCUCCGUUGCCCAGCAACUCAAUCUAGAGCUCAUCCCUCAAAUCAGUUACGCCUCCACCGCCAUCAUCCUGAGUGACAAGAAACGUUUCCCUACUUUCCUGAGGACUGUACCUAGCGACCUGUACCAGACACGGGCCAUGGUCCAGUUGCUUAGCGACAGCAAAUGGACCUGGGUGGGCGUGGUCACAACAGAUGGAGACUACGGCCGUUCUGCCCUGGACAGCUUCUUCUCCCAGGCAACCGCCUCAGGCAUCUGUGUGGCCUUCAAGGAGAUCCUCCCUAAUUCGCUAACCAGGCCUGACGGUGAAUCAGCAGUCAGACAAGUCGCCUCCACCCUCCGCCGGAACCCCAAUGUCAAGGUGGUGGUGUCAUUCGCCAAGCCUACUCAGAUGAUGUACCUAUACCAGGAGCUGAGAGGUCUGGCGUCGGGGCUGGGAGAGAGGGUGUGGGUGGCCAGUGACAGCUGGUCCUCGUCCAAGGAGGUCCUGGGAAAGAUGGACCUCCCAGAUAUUGGUCAUGUGGUGGGCUUUACCUUCAAAACAGGGAACCUGGCUCAUUUCCAUCACUACCUGAUGAAUCUGAGUGACAGCAAUGAUGUCAUAGGAAACAACUCCUUCCUAAAGGAGUUCUACUCCCUGCCAAACGGGUCGGGAGACCCCAAGGUUGUGUCCUCCCCCACAGCCACAGCAGAAAUCCCGUUAAACAACAGCUAUGCGAACGUAGUCUUCAAUGUGGAGAUGGCUGUCAGUGCCAUCGCCCAUGCAGUGGCUGAUAUCUGCAGCAAAAAGGACUGCAAGACACCAGGCAAUGUCCAACCCUGGCAGGUGCUUGAAGCCCUGAGAGGCAGUCGGUUUGAGCUGGAGGGGAAAAGCUACACGUUUGACCAGAAAGGAGACAUCAACAUGGGCUAUGAUGUAACCCUGUGGAGGUCUGUGAGAGGGGUCAUCAACAUCCAUGACGUUGUAGCUGAGUACCAUCCAAUCAACAACAGCUUCAGCUACACCAGCGGAAACACAACAAAUUUCACUAACCUGAGGGAUGUGGUGUCUGUGUGCUCAGCUAGCUGUGAACCUGGGAAGUUCAAGAAGACUGCAGAGGGUCGGCACACCUGCUGCUAUGAAUGCAUCAACUGCACUGAGAACCACUACUCCAACAACACUGACAUGGACCAGUGUCUCUCUUGUGAUACAAAGAGAGAGUGGUCCCUGGAAGGGAGCUCUGGGUGUACCCAUAAGACCCUGGAGUUCUUCUCCUGGCAGGAUGGUUUCGCGGUGGUGCUGCUGGCGCUGGCGGCCCUGGGCAUCGUCCUGGUUCUCCUGGUGGGGGCGCUCUUCCUACACCACCACCGGACCCCCGUUGUGAAGGCUGCCGGGGGGCCUCUCUCCCAGAUCAUCCUGCUCUCCCUAGUGGGAAGUUUUGUUAGUGCUGUGUUCUUUGUAGGACAUCCCAGCAGCCUACAAUGUAAGGUGCGUCAGGUGCUGUUUGGACUCAGCUUCACCCUGUGUGUUUCCUGCAUCCUGGUCAAGUCCCUGAAGAUCCUGCUGGCCUUCCAGCUCAACCCUGACCUGAAGGACGUUCUCCGCCGCCUCUACCAACCCUAUGCCAUCAUCUGUCUCUGCAUGGCCCUACAGGUCCUCACCUGCACCCUGUGGCUGGUCCUGCAGAGCCCCCGGGAGAAGGCCACCGUCUUCGCCACCACUGUGCUGAACGAGUGUGACGAGGGCUCCCACGUGGCGUUUGGCGUGAUGCUGGGCUACAUCGCUGUACUGGCGCUUGUCUGUUUCGCCUGUGCGUUUAAAGGCCGCAAGCUGCCACAGAAGUACAACGAGGCCAGGUUCAUCACCUUCAGCAUGCUCCUCUACCUCAUGUCCUGGGCAAUGUUCGUGCCCGUCUAUCUGACCACCUCGGGGAAGUACCUGCCAGCAGUGGAGAUGGUGGUCAUCCUCAUCUCCAACUAUGGCGUCCUCAGCUGUCAUUUCUUCCCCAAGUGCUACGUCAUCCUCUUCAGGAAAGAGCACAACACCAAGAGUGCCUUCAUGAAGAAUGUGUUUGAGUAUUCCAGAAAGGGCAUUACUGACUCUAGCUCUGUCUCUGAGACUUCAGUCUCUCAGACAGAAGGGAAGUGCAUCAGUAACUCUUACUCCAUCAGUUCACCUUCCUUCUUCAUGUCUACUACACCAAUAGAACCAACAGCACCUCAGAACUGUUGGUCCGUUGGCCAGGACAUUCAGAGCAUUGACCCUGCAACCCAUUGCACCGUAGUAGACCAUGGAGUGUUUUUCACAGGUCAGCUGACUCGACCACACCAUCUGAGGAGAAGCAUGAGCCUAUGAGUGGAGUGGACCACUGUCUGGAACUUUUACAUCUUACAGUACAUCACACAGUGUGUCUCUGUGAUCCUCUCUUUGGUUUGACCGUUCCCAUUUUGCUUAGUCUACUGGCAUGUUUUUUACCCAAGUGAGGUUGUGGAUUUUACAUUCAAGGCAAUUUAGGUAACACUUUAUUUGACACUGAUAUGGACAUGAUAAACAGGCAUAAAUUCUGUCAUACAGUGUCAUGUUAAUCCAGGGGCGCAAUUUUGGUUUUAUAAAUGGGGGGGACAUAAUAUAUAUGCACUCCCGGUCAAAAGUUUUCAAACAACUAAUCAUUCAAGGAUUUUUCUUUAUUUGUACUGUUUUCUACAUUGUAGACUAACAGUGAAAACAUCAAAAUUAUGAAAUAACACAUUUAAUAAUUGCAUU